AUGACAGUGAUGGAUGAAGGUGGUGGUUAUCACCGCUUACCGGAGCUCAUAAAUUUAGAGGAGAAAAUGGUAGAUCUGAAGACAAAAAUGGUAGAUAUGAAGAUGAAAGUCGUAGAUUUGAAUACGAAAAUCGUAGAUCUGAAGAUGAAAGUCGUAGAUCUGAAGAUGAAAAUCAUGGAUCUGAAAACUAAAGUCGUAGCAAAAAACCUUCAAACCCAACAAAUAAUUUUCCUCCCAUUGUUCCCAUUUCAAGACUUUGGUUUCCAGUUACAAGAUCAGUUAGUUCUUCGAAUCUUUCCAGAAAUUCCUAAUUUUUUUCAUUACCCUUCCAUCUGGAUCGAUCUUUAUGCGCAGAUCAAGAACCUUGAUUUGGAAAGGCUGAUUCUUUCGUCGCUAAAGUGCUUUGAUGAGGUUUGGGAUUGA